GGACAUUCAGGACUUUAGUGAAAUAUAUAGGAAGGGAAGGAAUUAGCUAAACCGAGAGGAUGUAUUUGGGCUGUAAACGUUUUUAAGCUUUUAUAAAACACUAAAAUAGUUGGUGUCAGUGUGUGUAGCAAGCUCAAUUUCGUUCGUUUCAGUCAAAUCGGACAGGUUACUAAAGACCACAACAUGGGACGAAAGAAACAAGGCAAGUUUGUGCGUCCUGACAAUAGGGGCAAAGAUAAACGGCACAAAAUGAAGGGGAAAACCUUAGAAGCCUUUACAGAAGAAAUGCACUCCGCUUUUGAAGCGAGUCUUCACGUCGAGGAGGGAGCAGAGGCCCCACAGGUGAAACUGCCCUGUCCACUUGCUAUGUGGGAGUUGGGUCACUGUGAUCCGAAGCGCUGUACGGGCAGAAAACUUGUGCGAAAGGGAUUUGUGCGAAACCUGCGUCUCAACCAGAGAUUCAACGGACUCAUACUGAGUCCAAUGGGCACAAAGUAUGUGACACCAGCAGACAGAGAAAUUGUGGCUCAGAGUGGGUUAGCAGUGAUUGACUGUUCGUGGGCCAAACUGGACGAGACACCCUUCAGUAAGAUGGUUGGAAGUCACCCCAGAUUACUGCCGUACCUUGUUGCUGCAAACCCUGUCAACUAUGGCAAACCCUGCAAGUUGUCGUGCGUCGAAGCUUUCGCUGCCACAUUCUGCAUCGUCGGUUUUGAAGAGCUGGCUGUGCUCCUGUUGAAGAAAUUCAAGUGGGGGAGCGUCUUCCUCGAACUCAACCGAGUUCUGCUCGACCGCUACGCCGGCUGUCAGUCAGAGGAAGAGCUGCUGUCUGUAGAGAAGGACUAUCUCACGUUGAAGCCGAAAGAGGAGGAGUUUGAUCCAUUUGAUGUCAACUCUGGGGUUGAAUGUAGGAAUCUCAACAGACAUCAGAG